AUGGCAUCUGGACCCGCUACUCAGUCAUUAAAGUGUGUGGUGACUGGUGAUGGUGCAGUUGGAAAAACAUGCCUCCUCAUCUCGUACACCACCAACGCAUUCCCCGGAGAAUACAUCCCUACCGUAUUUGACAACUAUACGGCCAGUGUGAUGGUAGAUGGCAGACCCAUCAGCUUGGGACUGUGGGAUACUGCUGGACAAGAAGAUUAUGACCGACUGAGACCGUUGUCCUACCCUCAAACCGACGUCUUCCUCAUCUGCUUCUCCAUUGUCAGCCCUCCCUCGUUUGACAACGUCAAGGCAAAGUGGUACCCAGAGAUCGAGCACCAUGCUCCCAAUGUUCCCAUCAUUCUUGUUGGUACCAAGCUCGAUCUGAGAGACGAUCCCGCGACGGCAGAAUCCCUCCGACAGAGAAAGAUGGAGCCUGUCUCGUACGAGCAAGCCCUGGCCGUCGCCAAGGAGAUCCGAGCGCACAAGUAUCUCGAAUGUUCUGCCCUCACGCAGCGCAACCUCAAAAGCGUCUUUGAUGAAGCCAUUCGUGCUGUCCUCAACCCUCGACCGGCCGCAAAACCGAAGAGCAAGAAAUGCACCAUUCUGUAG